GCAUUGAAAUAGAAUUUUGUUUCAAAAAACGUUAUUUGAUAUUUAUUUCUUUUUGAUGAGUACAAACACUAAUUCUCCAAUUGUUUUCUAGGAUGAAAAAAGAAGUAAGAAUAUUGCUUCUUGGAGACGCUGAUGUUGGAAAGACGUCACUCAUACUUUCUCUGGUCAGCGAAGAAUUUCCUCAACAUGUACCUCUGAGGGCAGAGGAGAUAACGAUACCAGCCGCCGUAACACCAGAAGGGGUGCCUACCCACAUAGUCGACUUUUCAUCCAGGGAAUACCUCGGAGAAGAAUUCCUAAUAAAAGAGAUGCAGCGGGCAGAUGUGUUCUGUUUGGUGUACGGAGUGGACGACGAAAAGUCACUGGAAAGCACCAGAUCUUACUGGUUACCCAAAGUAAGAGAGAUAAACGACGGGGAUAAUCUCAGUAGACCUGUUAUUCUAGUGGGAAAUAAGGACGACUUGCUGUUGGAUCUCGAUGAGUCACCUUUAGAAUCAGUGUUGCCUCUAAUGAACGAGUACCCUGAGAUAGAAACGUGUGUAGAGUGUAGUGCAAAACGACUGAAGAACAUAUCAGAGUUAUUUUACUACGCUCAGAAAGCAGUUCUUCAUCCCACUGCCCCUCUUUACUUGCCAGACCUUGGCAAACUGAAACCUGCCUGUGCUGAGGCUCUGAGAAGGGUAUUCAGAAUUUGUGACAUGGACAACGACGGUUUCCUAAGUGAUCACGAACUGAACGAGUUUCAAAAACGGUGUUUUAAUGCUCCGCUUCAGCAGAGCAAUUUAAUGGAAGUAAAGAAUCUGAUAAAGAAAUAUUGUGAUAACGGUAUAAUUGAUAACAAGAUGUCAGAGAUGGGUUUCCUGUUUCUCCACACUAUAUUCAUACAAAAAGGAAGACACGAGACCACGUGGACAGUUCUGCGGAAGUUCGGAUACACGGACCAGUUGGAGGUGUCAGACGAAUAUCUCCGACCUGAUCUGCACGUGGAAUCUGGAUCUAGCGUGGAGCUUACUGAUGAGGGGUCUGAAUACCUGAUAAGUUUGUUCCACAAGCACGACACUGAUAGAGAUGGUAUCUUGUCACCUUCUGAAUUAGCCAAUCUGUUUAGCGUGUGUCCCAACAUCCCGUGGGGUGACUUCAGCGCUUCCGUAAUGACGAGUGAGAUGGGCUGGUUAACCCUGGAGGGGUAUGAAGCACUCUGGACUCUCAACAUGAUGCUGUACCCUGAACAUACCAUGGAAUAUCUGGGUUAUCUGGGGUAUAACAGUGAUACCAGGGGCACUCAGCUCACUGCUGUGCAAGUGACGCCCCCAAGACAAGAGGAUUUUAAAAGGCAGGUAAGUUGUCGGAACGUUCUGCUCAGCUACGUCUUUGGACCCAAAGGUUGCGGAAAAUCGUGUUUUAUCAACAGGCUGAUAAGAAAAGGGGAGAUUGAGAUAUCUCCUGAAACUGACAGACACAUUUGCAUCAACAAGAUCAGGUACCAAGGGCAAGAAGAGAAAUACUUUAUAGUACAAGAAGUAGGAGCAGGUGACCAAGAUGAGAUUCUGGAGAAAGGAGGGGACUGUGAUCUAGCUAUAAUACUCUACGAUACAUCUAGACAGGACAGUUUUAGCAGAGCUGUCGAGAUCCAGGAACGACUAGAUGUUCCCUCUGUCUUCAUAGGAGCUAAAAGCGACAAGACAACAGUAAAGCAGGACUACGACUACACGCCCGAGCAGUACUCCCAAAUGGCUGGUCUCCCUCCUCCACUCUUCUUCUCUGCUAUGCCUGACAGGGAGUCUUCUCAACUCAAGAUAUUCCAGAGCUGUGUUCUCUUCGCCUCUCUUCCGUUCCAGCAGCAGUCAGCAGCGAUGCCUCUGACGAAGAUAAUAACAACCAGUGCUGCGGUUGCUGUGGCUGGGGUGGCAGCCUUCUUCCUCUUUAGAUACGUGAGGCACGGCAGAUGAGGAGCUGUUGAGUGAGUGUGUUAUUGCACUAAGAUCUUAUUGUGGGACUGUGGCUUGAUGUGAGCUCAAUCUGAGGAGCUCAAUCAGCGGCGGGAUUAUCUUGCUUAAACCGAAAAAUACGAAUUGAUGAAAUUUUGAUAUUUAUGUGCUCUCUAGUCUCAACUAGUGUUUAAUUUACCGUGCUUUACUGUUAUUCAUCAUAAAUUUACAGAUUUGUUAAAGGAUAUUGUUGUCCAUGCUCAGCAUGAUAUUUCUUGUGAGGAGCUUUUAUUUUUAAUCCAAUAUUAGGUUAUUACUUAUUUGACUUCACUGUCGAUCAGGCGUACAUUUUUUAGUAGUAAUUGGUCAAAAAAAAAGCGAUGGAUUAAUUUUUCUAUUCUAGAUUUGCGAUUGAGGAAUUAAACGUACGUUGCACAACAGUUUUGACAAAUCACAAUUACGAUGUGAAUAAUAUUCAAUCAUGACUGAACAGAAACUACUGUCACCAUUUCUA